CAAAGCUCAAGCUCACACAACAACAUCACAAAGAUCACCACAAACCUAGUAUAAAAUGGGGCUCUGCAUGUCUAGCGGCGGCGCGGCGGCGGCGGUGCGGGCAGACGGGCAGCCUGCCUCCACGGCUAUGGUACUGCUGCCAACCGGGGAGCUGCGGGAGUACCCGCGCCCGGCCACAGCGGCAGAGGCGCUCGAUGACAACUCGGUGGCUGGGGACGCCGGCUGGUUCUUGUGCGACGCCGACGCGAUGGGGUUCGAGGGCCCCGUGGCCGCCGUGGCCGGGGCCGAGGAGCUCCGCCCGGGGCAGAUCUACUUCGUGCUCCCCGCCGAGGCCCGUAAGAACGGGCUACGGCGCGAGGACCUCGCCGCGCUCGCCGUCAGGGCGUCCGCGGCGCUCGUCAGCAAGGCCAACGCCAACGCCUCCGGCAGCGGCGGGCGGAGGAGGCGCGCCGGCUCUGUUUCGCCGCUCGUGUUCGCCCCGCCGCCGGAGGUGGACGGGACCCUUGCCUACAAGACCGUGCCGGCGCUGGCGGCGAAGAGGCGGCCGGUGGCGCGCGCGAAGAGUGCCGGGAGGAUGCAGCGCUUUGCACCUGAUCUGACCGCCAUUCCCGAGUGCGAGUGAACCAACACAACACAAUGGCGUCGCCGUCGCGGAUGGAUCGAUCUCCGAGUUCCCAUGCAAGACCGCUCGAAUAUGGAAAAAAUGGAAUAUGGAGGGGCUCCGACGAUUCCGGAAACAGAGCAAAGGAAGGUGACGCCAGCUAUGGGAUUUUGAUUGGAUGGGCGGUGUUUGUUUGCACUUGCGGGCGAUGGCCGAUGGGGAGGUUGAUUAGAUAGAGUCUGUAAUUUGUAGGAGCAAAAUUUUGGUCGGUUUAGUCGAGUUUGUGGUCUCAAGUCUCGAGAGACAACGAAAUGUGAAUAUAAAUCCCGGAGGUCCCCACAUUUUGCCCAAA